GUGCGUGCGUGUGUGUGUAUGUUUUGUUUUGCUCCGCUCCAGCAUGGGCAGCGCCGGCGGAGCCCCGCGGCCCGGGGUGCCCGCGCUCCCGCUGCCGCCCCGGCCCCGGCUCUGAAGACGGCCAAGCCCCAGCGCGGCGGAGGCAGCGCGGUUCUCUCCGCGCUCUCGCAUGCGCUCCAGAGGGAGCUCCCCCCCUCCCCUGUAAAAGUUUUGGGCACGAUCUCCCCUGUCACUCGGUCCAGCGUUCAGUGGAGCAGCAUGGAGGAGGAGGGAAGAAGCAUGUCCCGUCUGUCUCUAACACGGUCCCCGGUUUCUCCUCUGGCUGCUCAAGGAAUUCCUCUCCCAGCUCAACUCACCAAGUCAAACGCGCCCGUGCACAUCGAUGUAGGAGGACACAUGUACACCAGCAGCCUGGCUACCUUGACAAAGUACCCAGACUCCAGAAUAAGUCGUCUGUUUAAUGGCACAGAGCCUAUUGUCUUGGACAGUUUAAAACAACAUUAUUUCAUUGAUCGAGAUGGUGAAAUUUUCAGAUAUAUAUUAAGCUUCCUAAGGACAUCUAAGCUACUGCUCCCAGAUGACUUUAAGGACUUUAAUCUUUUAUAUGAAGAAGCAAAGUAUUACCAGCUGCAGCCAAUGAUUAAGGAACUUGAGCGAUGGAAACAAGAGAAAGAACAAAGGAAACAUUUCCAGCCUUGUGACUGCUUGGUCGUGAGAGUGACUCCAGAUCUGGGGGAAAGAAUUGCAUUGAGUGGGGAGAAAGCUUUAAUAGAAGAGAUCUUCCCAGAGACCGGGGAUGUCAUGUGCAACUCUGUAAAUGCAGGCUGGAACCAGGACCCUACCCACGUUAUUAGGUUUCCUUUGAAUGGAUACUGCCGGUUGAAUUCAGUGCAGGUGCUCGAAAGAUUAUUUCAGAAGGGAUUUAACGUGGCAGCUUCAUGCGGCGGUGGGGUGGAUUCCUCUCAGUUCAGUGAAUACGUGCUGUGCCGCGAAGACAGACGACCACAACCUACCCCAACAAUCAGAAUAAAACAGGAGCCCCUGGACUAGACCCUACCUGUACUCCUUUGUAACCGUAGAAGUGUUUAAUAGUCCCUUAUGUGAAACACUUAAGGAUUUGCAAAACAGUAUUAGCAAAAAGAUUUUGACUUUAUGUUGCCAAUUAGUGGUAUUCUGAAACUACCUGUCACAUAGCCAGCCAUGAAAUGCAUUUGAAAAAACAGCUGUCCGUUUUUCACAAUGAAAUUCCUGAGCAUGCUCAGCGUACCAGGCCUGCUGGGAAUGUACUUUGGGCUGAACAGCUUUGGUGGUGAAAAAGGCAAAGCUUCUUCAUACACCCCCGAUCCUAGACUGGACUUCUGCAGAAGGACCAAUUAAGGCAAUUUGAAUAGAUCAGCAGGAGAAACGGUUCUGACAGCCUUCCCAACGAUACCCCGACGCCUCCGAGAGGAAGAUGGAACACUAAAAACUGCACUGAGUAUCUUCCCCGAGUGCUGCAUCUCCUUCAUAUCAGGCGUGCUUUACACCUCCAUAUGUUACAUGACACUUCUGUGAUUGUACACACUCAUGCUAGCAAAUGGCUUAUUUUUAUACAACAUUUCCCACUGAAAUACUCUCUGUGGACAGAAUCCAGAAUCAGAAAAGGACCGAUUUAUUGUCAACUGGUGCUCAGUAAUAAAAAUCCCCACACAAAUAAGACAAAAGAACAACAAAAAAAUUGUGAAGGCCAAUUAUGGCAAUAUUUGCAAAAGUAGGGAUCUGGAAGCACAAAAAAAAAAAAAAAAAAAAAAAAGGCCAUCCACCAUCUCACAAGAGUCACAUACCUACUGUGGAGCUGUAGUUCUCUUGUUUUGACUCAGAAACUGUAAAGUUUUGCAUCAUCAAAGAAGUGUGGCUCUGCCAAGCAAGCUCUGCCACCCCUUGGUUACUCAUUUACUAACCAUCUCAUAAGCCCACAUUUAGGAGGAAGCAUUAAGAAUUGUGGACAAGCCUACUCUUUAUGGGUCGGGAAUUUUUGUGAAAAUAUGUUAAAACCCUCUACUGCCAUUGUCCAAUGAAAGCAGGCCACGUUUUGUUUAGAUUGUUUUUCCCCUAUUAUUUUAAACUAUUAUUAAAAUACUGAUUCUGUAGCUGCCCUCUAUCUGUGUAAUUUUCUCUUCAGCAAAGCCCACUGUCUGCAGGAGGUUACUGCUCCUUCCAUGAAUCAGUAUUGACUCUGACUUGCAGGGCUUCCUAACUCAGGAGACAGCACCAUGUUUGCAGGUGCAAGGUUAUAAAUAGCAUUCUGCUAAAUCCUGUUUAUUGCUGUUCAGCAUGAUUGGGUCCUCAAUAACUAAUUCAUGUGUUAAUCACAGUUUAGUUUCUCCCACAUUAAUUUACAGAAUACUGUUGUAGAUGAUGAAUUUUAACUACUCUUUUAGAUUCAUAAAUAUGGCCGUUGUAGAACAAGGAUCAGAGUAUUGAAUGGUCAAUAAUUCUCUAAUACCAAAUUGAUUACAAUCAGGCAAAUUUUUUUUUAAAUCCAUCUUUAAGACUAGUAUUUUCCAAAAGCAAUGGGCUGGA